UCACUUGCCGUAGGUUUUUCUAUCUUAUGGUUGGUACGAUUAACUGAGAUUGCUAUAACAGCUCCCUCAAGACAAUAUAUAACUAAAUACGUAUCAUCUAAACGUUUCUCAGUCAAACACUUGUCGGCUAAACGUUUAUCAGCUAGGGAUUUAUCAGCUAAACGUAUACCAGCUAAGAGGUCAGUCAGUUGAUAAAGGCACCAUCCAAUGUACCACCCAAACGGCUACUGCGCCCCAGGCAGUUUUGUGGAUCCAGAAUUUCAGGAGUUUGGCCAACUUCCUUCCCAGCAGUCUCAAAACGAGCACGGUUAUGAACGGCGACAGCUCCAACCAAACUACCAACAACAACCCCAACAUCUCCAGUCGCAUGGCCAACCGCACUGCCAGUUACCCCCACAGAGCUAUGGUGCUCCACAGCAGACGCUUCAUCUGACGCAGCAGUGGCAGUUGCAGCGGCCGUAUAUUCAACAAAUACCCCCGCGGAAUCCCCAAGAGUACCCUCAAACAUCGGAGCAUGUACCCCACCAAAUGAAUCAAGGGCACAUACAUGCCCCUUUACAGAUAUCUCUGAAUCUUCCACAAAAUUUGCCUCAGAAUAUAUCCCAUACAAACUCAAGCAUUCCCCAUCUAGAGAUCUACGUCGAAACUCAGCUUACUGAACAAUUCCCAGACCCGUACCUAAAUCAACCCCUGGAAGAAUUCCUGACCUACCCUAGCCAGCUGCUGAAAAAGCGCACUCGAAUCCCCACAACAUGCUCGGUUUGUCGCAAGCGGAAGCUCAAGUGCGAUAGGCAUAAGCCGUACUGCCAGAACUGCCAAGAAAAUGACUCUACGGCCUUGUGUCGCUACGCGAAACAUGCUUGGCAAAAAUCGAUCAUACGUGAUACUAGCUUGGUGGAAGAUGUUGCCAAAUUGCGCAAACAGGUCGCGGCUCUUGAGCUUCGCACAACGCAGUUGGGCCUCCUGGAUGAGGUGGCAGUGAUGGAGCUAGAGGCGACAAAGCAAAAAAGAGCAAAGGCGGCCAAGGUACCUACGAUGGUGAAUGAAACGGUGAUUCCGGAAAUCCAGAACCCAACAAUCAACGUCAAUGAGAAACUCACGCUCUUCACGGUCAAUAGUGCCAACAAGCCUGUGUUCCAUGGAAUCACAUCAACAUUUGCGUUUCUGGAGAACGACCCUGUGCUCCGCGGUGUGGUUCUGAAAAAUCUUGCUAAGGUGGAGCGCUUCGCUGUGAGUAAAACCGCUCAAGUGAUAGCACCUUGCCUGGAUUCAUAUCCUGAGACUUCAUCUUGCCCUGAUGUCAUCCCGAGACACAAUAUCGCUACGGCCUCCGCUGCAGCAGAUCUCCCGCCUUCGGUGGAAGCACCAGCUUUCACUCUUUCCGGUGGUAGAGAGAACACGUCUGAGCUCAAAGGCAUAGAACAUGUCGGAUCAGACGAUGGGGAGCAGAUCCUACUGCAGGACUCCUUCUUGACAGCCAGCCAAUCUUUUACCAAACGGAUGCAUGACAAAGACAAUGAAACCAGUAAGGUUGGAUUGCUGACCUCGGACCGCUCAAGAAAAGGUAACGCGUACACGAUAAAGUUGAAGAUAUUGCUCGGCGAAAUCAACAAGAUACUUCCCCGAAGCAUUUCUGUGAUUCUGCUUUUGGUGAAACACUUCUUCCGCACUGGUGCCUUCUCCAUGGCCUUUAUCGACCCUCAGAGCUUCCUUGAAGAGCUUGACUCGUUUUUGUUCGUGGACCCGGCGACUGGCCGACCGUACUUCGAAGUAGGCAGUGACUAUCAGAAGCUCGCUUCUGUCAGCAUGCUCCUCCUCAUCCUCCGCGUUGCCUAUCUCUCCUUACCACUCCGCGACCUCCUGCAGCCCAACUGGCCUGAGAGGUAUCUGAAAAUCGCCCUCACUGCCGAUGGUGUUCCUAUGCCGGAGGGAAACAAGUUGUUAUUGGAUAUUUACCGCGAGAUCUACCUCCCAGGUAUUGUGAUUGACACAAAGUUCGUUGAGUCGGCCAGAACCUGUUUUGCCUACGGGGCGUUCCAUGAGAACGUCAGUUUCCGGAGUGUCCAGGCACUGUUGCUCUGCCAGCUCUACUGGAUCUAUGCCCCGGAAGACGGUGACGAGGGGGCCGAUUCCUCUACCCUACUCGCCAUGUUGGUCCAGAUGGCCCAGCUGUUAGGCUUGCACCGCGAAUUGGGUAGGUACGUUGACGUAGAGUUGUCUGCGGAAAACGAAGCUCCUACAGAUUGCUCAAACUAUGAAGCAUUAACGAAACGGUCUGUUUUAAAAGACAAGACGCCCCUUUCUUUCCCCCAGGAACACCCGUCGAAAUCCGUACCAUACACCCAUAGAAUGCUCCAUCUGCGGCGUAAGGUCUGGCAUGAAAUUGUUUACCUCGAUGCAUACCGGGCCAUGAAGUUCGGGUGCCCAUUAGUGAUCAAAGAUGAUGCCUACGACACCCAAUUACCGCACCUCUACCCCGAGUUGAUCGCCGAACACAAUGCCAGCGGUGAUACGCACUUCUUACAGCGCGAAAAGGUAUCGAUAGCGCAGAUGAAAAUGAAAUACGAAAGUGGAUUCCUCUCCCGCGGGAUCACUCGGAGAUGCUGCGGUAUCCGCCAUGACGGCGGUGGUCCUCCCCGUGCCGAGCUUGAACUAGCAAUCGAGCUGAUUGACAAGUUUAUGGCCGACAACCACAUCCGUCUGUUCGAGGAGUUGGCUGUAUUUGAGAUUUUUAACGAUGGGAGAGCUUCCACCAAGCUCAGAAAAGCCAUCACCGAGGACCCCACCUCCUUAGACCUCCUCGAGAUGCUUGAACGGGCACAUCAGUACAAUCUUCGGCUCCACCUUAUGUUACUCUCGUUUCAGUUGCACCACAUCAUUUCCGGCCGCCUGAAGGACCAGAACAUUGCCACAAAUCCUGUGUUCUUCAAGCAUUUCGGGGCAUGCCUUGAAAAGGGGCUAAUUCUCUUCAAGCAGGGCUUUGACUUUCUUCAGUGGGCCCACCAGCGUGACUCGCCGCAGCCAGAGAACUUGAUUCCUCUCCAGUUCUUAGCUCCCUCAGUGGACCGACUUUUAGGCACGCGGGUGCUCUUCACCUUGGUCAGGGCAAACUGGAUCGUGGUUUCGUUUUCUAUUCGCAACUUAUCCAAAAAGACAAAAGAAAAUUCUCCGUUGACUCCGGUCUCGUUCCUUGCGCUCUACGAACGGUUCCUGGACCCAGAUAGCCGACAGUUUGCUGAGUGGUUGCAUAUAGACUUCAAGCGAGACAAGGCAAACCAAGCCCAUAUCAUCAACAUGAUGAUUGAGACGUUUCGGAUGGCGCUUCCACUCAGAGAGGGCUCUUUCUUUUGCCUUCGUGUAUGCUUGGCGCUUGAUGAAACGCUCACUUUUUUACAACACGGCCAGGGAUUCAUCGUGUUGGAGGAAAAGUCCAAAAGUGUAACUCCAAAGGAUACUGGUAAGAGAAGACUUGGCGAGUCUCCGUUUAGCAUGCGUGAAUGUGACAAACGCCAACAGGACAGGAAUGACCCUACCGCACCAGGCGGCUCUUGAUCACCCGGCCCUGCCAAAUCCAUACUACAAGCCUACCCCAGGCGAAAACCUGAAGCAAUACAAGACAAUCCUGCACUUUUUUUUGACUGGAUCAAAGGAGUAGUGCCAAGAAACCAUGGUUGUGGUCGCCAAUUAUGGUACAGAAGCGGCAGAAUAGCCGGUAUGAUCGUGGUCUGACAAAUUCAGGCCCUGUUAAGCUGUACCUCAACCAUUUGUGCGUAUCGUACCUCUUUGAUACCUGUCUGACUGGUUUUGUCAUGAUAUAUACUGAGGUCCACUACCUCAAUCAUUUUGUAUUAUAAAAACACCUUUGAAAAG